UAAAGGUUGAAUCUUUCCUCUUUCAAGCAAUUGGGUCUCUCUCUCUUUCUCUCUCUCUCUCUCUGUCUGAGCUCCUGCCGUUCGCCCUAAUCCGGGACGAGCACACCUGAUCGCGGCGGAGGCGCCGGCGGCGGCUCGAUUCGUCCGCGACAUCGACGCUUCCUUCUCCGGGGGAAUCGCGUCCGGUUCGAUUUGAUGCGGUUUUCUAAGCCUUCCAUGUGAGAGAGAGAAUGCACACGCCGGACUACCAGGGCUCCCACGUCGGCCGCUCCAUCCUCAGCCUACGCCGCGACCAGGCCGCCGCCGACGCCGCCGCCAUGGAUCCCCACCACCGCGACGCCGCCUCCGCCGCCCAGGAGCUCGAGCUCGAGCUCGAGGCCUUCCAGAGGCAGGUCGCCGAUCGCUUGCUCGACCUCUCCUCCGCCUCCGCGGACGACCUGCUCUCCCUCGCCUGGGUCCGGAAGCUCCUCGACGCCUUCCUCUGCUGCCAGGAGGAGUUCGGGGUCAUCCUCCUCAACAACAACAGGGCGAAUGUCGCGAGAUCGCCGGCCGCGGAGCGCCUGCUGGCCGAGUUCCACGAGAGGAGCGUGAAGGCGCUCGACGUCUGCAAUGCCGUGAGGGACGGGAUUGAGCAGAUCAGGCAGUGGCAUAAGCUCCUGGAGAUCGUGAUGUGCGCUUUGGGGAAUCGGAGGAGCUUGGGGGAGGGCCAGUUCCGCCGCGCGAAGAAGGCCCUGAUCGAUCUGGCCAUCGCGAUGCUCGACGAGAAGGACUCCAGCACGGCGAUUGGGCAUAGGAAUCGGUCCUUCGGCCGGAGCAAUGCUUCGAGGGAUCCCCGGUCUAUCGGCCAUUUCCGAUCCCUCUCCUGGAGUGUCUCCCGGUCCUGGUCUGCGGCGAAGCAGAUUCUGGCGAUUGGGAACAAUUUGAAUGCUCCCAGAGGGAACGAGAUCGCGGCCACGAACGGGCUCGCCGUUCCCAUCUUCACGAUGGGUAUGGUUCUGUUGUUUGUAAUGUGGGCUCUCGUGGCCGCCAUUCCAUGCCAGGAUCGCGGUUUGCAGGUCCAUUUCUCUGUCCCGAGGCAGUUCGUUUGGGCUGCUCCGAUAAUUUCACUCCACGAUAGGAUUAUGGAAGAAUCGAAGAAGCGGGAGAGAAAGAAUGCUUGUGGUUUGAUGAGGGAGAUUUAUCAAAUUGAGAAGUACUCGAGGGUGAUGAGUGAGAUGGUGGAUUCUGUUAAUUUCCCAUUGACGGAAGAGAAAGAAGGCGAGGUGAGACAAAGAGUGCAGGAAUUGGGGCAGGUGUUUGAGGUGGUGAAUGAGGGGUUGGAUCCUUUGGAACGCCAAGUGAGAGAGGUGUUUCACCGGAUUGUGAGGAGCCGAACCGACGGAGGUUCCUGCAGCUCUACUUGAAGUUCUUCACAAAUGGGUUCUUGUAAUUUGCUGCUGGGAAGGAUUUGCCUUAACAGAUUCAUCAAGUUUAAGGAAGAGGAAGAAAUGGAGAGAACAGAGUAUAACCAGGAUCAUGUACAAAAUGGGACGAAAAAAAGGUAUAAGGAGGCUAUUUGUAUUAAUCAAUGGAUAUAUUUGUGUCAGUAGAACGAUUUAGGAUUUGAAAAUGGUGCCCUUAGGUUCCAUUUGCCGCUCUUCAGCUUCUGUUGGAUUAUUGAAUCAAAUUUCCUUAAUAUAUUGCAUUCCCAUGA